ACUUGCGUGUACGCAACGAUCAUGGACGACCGAGACGCCUUGGCUCACAACCUGCUCCUGACUACCGACUCGUACAAGCUAUCCCACCACUUCCAGUACCCUCCCAAGACAGAGGUGGUCUACUCGUACUUUGAAUCUCGAGGAGGGAAGUUCCCUGCUGUCUGCUUCUUUGGACUCCAGUACAUCAUCAAGAAAUGGCUGGAGGGGGUUGUGGUGACGAAAGAGAAGCUGGAGGUGGCUAAGAGUGUGUGUGAUGCCCACCUGGGCCCGGGGAUAUUCAACUACGAUGGCUGGAGCUACAUUCUGGAGCAGCAUGGAGGGAAGCUACCUCUGAGAAUAAGAGCUGUCCCCGAGGGAUCUGUCGUCCCCUUCAGAAAUGUGCUGUUCACGUGUGAGAAUACCGACCCAAAGUGCUACUGGCUCACCAACUAUGUCGAAUCACUCAUGGUACAGGCCUGGUACCCCAUGACAGUCUGCACCAACUCAAGAGCUCAGAAAGAGAUUAUUGCUCAGUAUCUCCAUGAGACGGCUGACAGUAUCGAUGGUCUCCCGUACAAACUCCACGACUUUGGUUUCAGAGGUUCCACUUCAGUAGAGUCUGCAGGUAUUGGUGGAGCAGCUCAUCUUGUCAACUUUAAGGGGACAGACACUAUCGCUGGGAUUAUGACUGCCAGACUGUACUAUGGUGCUGAGAUGGCAGGCCACUCUAUACCUGCAGCGGAACACAGUACCAUCACCAGCUGGACCAGAGACAGGGAGUCCGACGCCUUCAAGAACAUGUUGGAAAAGUUUCCAACUGGAGCCGUUGCCUGUGUCAGUGACAGCUACAACAUUUGGGAAGCCUGCAGUAGGAUAUGGGGUGAGGAGCUGAAGGGACUGGUAGAGGACAGAGGGAAGAGAGGUGCAGGACCUCUAGUGGUGAGACCUGACUCGGGAGAUCCAGCCACAACUGUUGUCAAGGUUCUAGAGAUACUCGGGUCAAAGUUUGGCACAUCCACAAACAGCAAGGGCUACAAACUCUUACCUCCUUAUCUCAGAGUCAUCCAGGUAUGAUAGUAAGUGGGCGUACAUUAUGCUCACUAUGAUAGUGCAGUACAACUUCUUAGAGCCAACUUGUAGUACAAAAAUAGCCCCCUUGCACCUGUUUCUUGUCUCUUCCUACAUUUCUGAAGAAAAGUGUUUCUGUGUACGCUGUCCACUGUCUUCCAUUCACUGUACAAUCAUACAAUAACACUUCUGGUCACUUUCUCUCUCUGAAAAUACAACAUUCAAUACUGUUGGUACUACCAUCGUGUAUAUAGACGUGUAGAUAGAGUUGUGUGGGAUUGGGACGAGUGGUAUGCUAGAAACUACUCAAUUGGAAUUCUAUACUACAUUAUCAACAAUAUACAUGUAUGUCGAUGUACUCCGUGUGAAUAUGUGUGGGUCUAUAAUUAUAUGUGUAGUAGGAAUCAGUUACGAGAGCCUCGAGGGAGACACAUAGGGAGAUGGGAUCAGAGGGAGAUGUGUGUAUGUAUGUAGGGAGAUGGGAUCAGAGGGAGAUG